AUGCGUGGUUUAUCAUUGUUCACCCGACGGUCGACCGGUUUGCUCGCGUCGCUGGCGGCUCUCUCGCUCACGCUCACUGUCCAACAGGUCCACGCCUUUGGAUCCAUGGUUCCGUAUGAUGGAGCGAUCUGUAAAGGAUUCAUCGACUACCAAGUAUGGGUGCCUGACAACACCACUGUUGCAGAUGUAGAAGGCGUCCUGACAGCAUCGGGUAUCGAACUGGCCAAGAGUCUCCCUGAUCCAUGCAGUUCCAUAUUCCUCUCCUAUGCUUGCUCAUCCGCAUACCCACGACCCGUCUCUUCAGGGCAAGGUGACAGCUAUAAUGUCCUCUUUGCCUGCGAGUCCACAUGCAAGGCAGUCGUCGAUGCGUGCCAAACCAGUGUCGACUUUCUCAUGUCAAUCAACAUGCUCCCAGCAAAUCCACUGCCUGACUGCUCAAAAUCAGUCUCAGGCACUGAGAUGUACCCCAGUGGCAGCGUGCCCUUUCAGCCUGAUGCCUCUUGCAACAGCGUCCCAUUCAAGAGUAGCAAUAUGACGUGCGCCGCACCAUUAGAAGCGUGCCUACCGCCAUUUGUUCCCGAUCUAGAGUUUGCGAGCUCAGGUGGACUUCGAAACACGGACGAUAACAACUGCGGCUGCGGAUGCUGCUUGCCCUGCCCACAAACAAACGCAUUCUACAAGCCCGGCAUUCUCGACAAGGGCUUCUUUAUCACCGAUGUUCUCAAAGGAAUCUCUGCCGUUCUGUCUCUCAUCUUGGCCAUCUCUUACAUAGUCUUGCCGGGUAAGUUACAGCACCCGAGCAACCUGAUCCUAUUUGCUGCCAUUGCCGCAUGUCUCUUCAGUUCUGCAGUCGCGCCAUCGUACGGUAACCCAAGUCGAGUCCAGUGUGCCGCCAAUGGUGUCACACCCGCGACUUCGUACAACAACAAGCUGUGUGAGGCCCAGGGCGCAUACUUGAUGUUUGGCGCGAUUUCGACUACGGCCUGGCUGUCGUUAAUUAUUGUGAACUUGCAUCUGCAUACGGUUUGGAACUCGAAUUGGUUGUCGACUCGUGCUUGGUUGGCGCAUGUUUUGGGGUGGAUUAUCCCUGCGGCAUUCGCUGCGAUUGCAAUUGUUACGCGGUCUCUCGGAUGGAACAACUCCUCCAUGUGCAUGGUAACGAUGGAAAGCUCCAAUGCAUUGCUCUUCGCCCCCCUGGGAGUAAUUGUAGUCCCCUCAAUCCUCCUCCAUAUUGCCACAUUCGCCCACAUCAUCCGCGUCACUCUCCAGUCCGAGAACUCUGAAACAGUCUCCCACUCCACCUUGUCUUCCGGCCGCGCCGCAAGAAUCUCUCACCGCCGACAUGUCAUGAAUGCGAUCCGGAUCCAAUGGCGCGCCGCAGCAUUGGCACUCGUCAUCUCCUCCUGUGUUCUGGUCUACUGGGCAUUUUACCUGGUCCAGGGGACGAAGACUGACAUGUCAUGGAUGACUCCCUGGCAGUUGUGUAUCAUGUCCGGUGCGGCGUCUCAGGAAGAGUGUGGCAAGAUGUUUGCGACGGGACAUAUGCCGAAUUUUGUGUUUAUGAUGAUUGCAGAGGGUCUUAUCCUAUCCACCGACAUAAUUUCUUCCAGUUCUAGUCUCGCUUCUGCUACUCCCUCGGUUGCGGAGCUCUCUUCCGCCGCCGCCGCUUCAUCUUCCACAGAACAACAGGAACAGCACAACGUUGUGCUGCAACGACGUUCCACGGGCAUCUACAUGCCUCCCAAGGGCGCAACCCUUUACUAUCCCAACCCUGCAUCCCAAUUCCCUAGCUCCAAAAGUGGGAACCCUUCAUUAUCAACAAGCUCGAGCCAGGAAGGUGGCAGCAAUGGCGAUGGGUUGAUUGGGAUUUCGUCCAAGGCCCAUGCUGCUACCAGCAAGGGAGGCAACAAUGGCACCAGUGACAGCUCGCCGGGUCUUGUUCGGGCUACUCCGAACAUUAUCAGCGUGCCUCUUCAGGACCUCAGUGCCGACACCGUUUACAUCGGCACAAUUGAGCUAGGAACUCCGCCUCAGAACUUCACUAUGGUGUUUGAUACGGGUAGCAGUGAUAUGUGGGUGCCUGCUCAGGCCUGUGUCACACCCGUGUGCCUGACCCUAAUCCGAUACAACAGCACCGCCUCGACUACAUACCGUGCCGAGAACAAGCCAUUCGAUGUCAAGUAUGGGGACGGUUCUCAUGUCAGCGGAGUCACCGUCAUCGAUUCCGUAACGCUUUCAGGAACCAAGAUUGCAAACCAGUCGUUUGGGUUGGCAGCGGUGGAUGAUUCGACGAUUGCCAAGCAGGGCGUUGAAGGUGUUAUCGGUUUGGGCUUUGGAGCAGUCGCCAACAUCAAAGGAUACUCUACACUGGUGGAAACGAUGAUAAGCCGAAAAAACUUGACACAGCCGAUUGUGUCGAUGUGGUUGGGUCGUCAACGGAUGGGCGGCGCCAACGAAGGAUCUGGAGGGGCGGUUAUCUUUGGAGGUGUGGACACCACUAAGUAUGUGGGCAACUUUACGUGGGUGCCCAUUAUCGACAAGACUUCGUGGAGGAUCAAGCUUGAUGGCGUCUCGAUCGCCGGCAAGAGUCUUGGACUCUCUGGCAAUGCCUUGAUCGACUCUGGCACCUCUCUGAUUAUUGUUCCCACAAAGGUCGCGUCCGUCUUUCACGAAUAUAUACCAGGGGCCAUCGAGGCGCCACAAGUGGGAUGGAUUCUGCCUUGUAACACCAGUGUGGGCGACUUGAACUUUACGAUUGCAGGACAACAGUUCCGUGUCCCCGCAGAAGAGUUGGUAGUCCUCUUCCGGAUCCCAGGAUAUGCCGAGUACUGCAAGAGUGCGAUCGAUGUCUCUUCAUCGUCCUCAAAUACCAAUGUGUACAGUGUGUAUGACUACCGGAGUCUGACGAUUGGGUUUGCUCAGCCGUCGAAUGUCUACAACACCUUAUCCAAUAUCACCUUACUUCCCAACCUGUCCAACCAACCUCAGGGACAGGGGAAUAAUUCUAAUGGGACACAGACCGGCGGUGGUGGAUCGAAUGGAGAUAAUAGCUCUGCUUCUGUGCAGAUUGGGAGCCAUGCGGUAUUCUACGCGGGAAUGACUACAGUUGUCACGACCAUGCUCCUGUUCUCGGGGCUUUCACCUUCGACCCACUCACAACCCAACACCGCCCACCUUUACCAAUCAACUCUCAACCAAAAGAUGACCUCAACUAGUCAUAUCACCCCAGCUGCAGGAAUCCGCCCCGAACAGGCGCCUCUCGGAUCCCCCGUCCCCAACGUUCCCCAUGCGAUCUCGGUUUCAUUGCCCACCUUCCGCGACAAUGUCGAUUACGAGGAGGGUGCUCCCCGCGUUGUCAAUGCCAUGGUCUCGGGAUACCCCCGCUUCUUUGUUAGCUUGAAAGUCAAGGAGCUGAUCGGAAUCUGCGAGAAAAAGUACGGUAAGCCCACGGAGAGCUGCUUCCUCUGGCCAUCCCGACGCGUCGCCGAGCGCUGUCGUCACUUUGUCGAACGUUAUUACGUCCCGACUAUCUCGACCGAUGACUCGACUCCCACGCCCCACACAGGAGGAGCUGGUGCAGGAGGAGUUAGGAUUGUCGAGUUUACGAUCCAGGCACCUUCGUCCGAGUUGAAGCCAGGCGGGCUCAAGCAGGUCAAGGUCUUUGCGACCUUCUUCCCCAAGGAGGCUUCUUCGUUCGCCAAGCAGUUCUGGCAGCACGCUGGAGACAUUGUCACCUCCCGCUUGGCUACUUUCUGUCUUCGUUGGUUGAGCCUCAACAAGGCCGAGGAGGAGCAGCAGGAGGCCGCUACGGCUGCUGUUUUGAACGCCUCCAAGAGUGCGAUCCGUAUGCCCCGCGGUAACCGCCACUACACUGCUACUAAGACUGCUUUGACCUCGUCGUCGAACGGAUCGCCCUCAGGAGAUCUCGCCAACGGCGUUGCAUCGAUUCAGUUGCAGGGUGAGAAGAAAGUUGGCCAGGAUGUGGAUGAGGAGGACCGACCUGUUGAGGAGGAGGCUGACGGAAUCGACAGCCGAGACUAUGAGGUCUAUGUCGAGGAACGCUAUGGACGUAACCUGGACCUGUCCUUUGCUCCCAAGGCCAAGGUGGCUCUUCGUCGUCGUAUUGCGACACAGGUGGCUCACCAUGCCGGAUCGGGCUAUGUGACCGAGGAUGAUGUGUACCUCUACCCCACGGGCAUGUCGGCGAUUUACAACGCUCAUCGUAUCGCCUUGACCCUGUUCCCCACUCGCAAGUCGGUUUGUUUCGGUUUCCCCUACACGGAUUCGUUGAAGGUCCUCCAGAAGUUUGGGCCAGGCUGUUACUUUUAUGGCAACGGCGAGGACUCUGACAUUGAUGCCUUGGAGAAGGAGGUUCUCGAAAAGACUUUGGGUGAGGGUGUUGCGGAGGAGGACAAGAUCUUGGCGGUCUUCUGUGAGUUCCCUUCCAACCCUUUGCUGAAGUCGUCGAAUUUGGUCCGCCUGGGUCAGUUGGCGGACAAGUAUGGGUUCAUGAUCAUUGUCGAUGAGACUUUGGGCAACUUUGUCAACGUCCGCAUCCUCGAGUAUGCCGACAUUGUCGUCUCGUCCCUCUCCAAGAUCUUUAGCGGUGACAGCAACGUCAUGGGUGGCAGUUUGGUGUUGAACCCGCAGAGACAAUUCUAUAAGGGGUUGAAGGAUGCGAUGAGCCGCGAAUACGAGGACUUGAUGUGGGUCGAGGACGCCAUCUUCAUGGAGCGCAACUCUCGUACCUUCCAAACCCGUAUUGCUCGCAUUGACGAGAACACUGAGGCCCUCUGCGAGUUCUUGCGUACUCAUCCUAAAGUGAAGGAGGUUUACUACCCUAAGUAUGUGACAACGGCCAACUACCUGACACACAAGGUCGAGGGUGCAGGGUACGGAGGACUGUUCUCGGUCGUGUUCAAGGCCAACGAAGGUGCUAUCCCAUUCUUUGAUGCCUUGCCCUUCUACAAGGGUCCUUCUCUGGGCACCAACUUCACGUUGGCUUGCCCUUACACGAUCUUGGCACAUUACUAUGAACUUGAUUGGGCGGCGCAGUUCGGGAUUGAUCGUAACUUGAUCCGUGUUGCCGUUGGGCUGGAGGACAUGGAUGUUUUGUUGCAGGGCUUCCAAGAGGCCCUUGACGCCAUCCCUGAGGUCUAG